GAAAGCGGAGAGCAUUGAGAUUAUCGAAGGCGCGUCUUGUAUAGCUUUCCAAUCCGAACAUAUAUCCAAGAUGGCAGGUCGACAAGGCUAUGAUGUUGUCGUGGACGUGGAUGCAGAGGGAGAUCUCGGACACACAGAUCUCAACGAUGAUCUAGAAUUCCACAAUUCCACCUUCGAUCAAAAUGCUUCGGGCGCUCGCGCCAAGAUCCAACCCGAUCAAUCAGCAUCUUUCUUCAGCGCCCCUGGUAGACAGACGGGUUCAUCGAAACGCUUCCUAUGGACGCUGUCGUUCUACCAACAAUUCUUCGAUGUCGAUACCGACCAGAUCCUGUUAAGAUGUCGGGCUGCGCUGUUCCCGAAGCAGAACUUCCUGGAUGUCAUGGAAGGCAACCCGGACCUGUACGGGCCAUUCUGGAUCGCCACGACCGUCGUUGUCAUCCUCUUCCUCACGGGCACCAUCAGCAGCUAUCUGGCGCACAGCGGAAAAGAUCACUUCGCAUAUGACUUCAAACUUCUCAGCGGAGCUGCGGGUUUGAUCUACGGCUAUACACUUUUUAUCCCUCUGGGAUUGUGGGCAGUGUUGAAAUGGUUUGGUAGCGAAAGCGCCAACGUUCUCGAAUGCUGGGCACUAUACGGAUACGCGAAUCUGAUCUGGAUACCCGUGGCUUUAGUGAGCUGGUCACAAUUGACAGCACUCAAUUAUGCCUUUGUCGCCGUUGGCUUCGGAGUGUCCGCAGUAUUUUUAUUCCGCAACCUCUUUCCUGUUGUUUCUGCGACGGAUGCGAAGACAUCUCGCAUUUUGCUCGUUGUUGUCAUUGCACUGCAUGCGGGCUUAGCAAUUGCGAUCAAGAUCCUCUUCUUUGCUCACGGCAGUCCUGCAGCGUAGGCCCGGCGGGUUGACGGUGGCCUUGCCCCUAUGAUCUGAAGAUUGUAGCUGCGACUGGAACCAGGCGCACUCCUCAUGUUAUUGACGAUGUAGAAUAGCUGUCAUAAUUAACGCCUGAUGCUGGCACAUUCGAAUCCAAAGUUCAACUGAGACUCGCGAAACACUGCAUUCCCGAGAAUAGCGUGGGCAUAUUGAAGGUAACAAUUCGGG